UAGUAUCUCCAUGCCAUGAACGGACAGACGCCGGAAGCGAAGAUGGACCAGAUUCCUCACGGGGAAGAGAGAAGAAUAUUUAAUUGUACGGGCGGUCGGAAAGACGGAGUAGCAGAGGAGCCCGUUUUCUCGUGCAAAAGCGGAUCAUGUAGAGCUGAGACGGUCUCAUGUUGCGGUGGAAUCGCGCUGAGCGUUUGAGGUCGUGAGGAGCGAUAUGUUCCGGCGAGCUGCCCUGGGCUCCGAGAAAGCUGCCUGCCAUGCGCGAUCUCCGAAGUGACGGGUUCUGAACUCGAAUUUCUGGCCCGCGACAGGAGUCCCUAGGAGUGGAGACGAGCGGAGAGGUCGAGCCGUCGAGACUGGUAUCUGGUGAUCGUGGGGGAGAGGCCCGACCGGCAGAGAUGGAAACUUCGAGCGGGGAACCGACCUCGAAUGGAUUCGUGAAGCCUCCUGACUUCCGUCGAGAGGAAUCCGGCCGGGGAGGAGCAGCUGUGGAAAGUAAUGGGCACGGGUUGGGGAUGGGCUUGACUUUGCGGUUAGUGCAGGAGCUGGAAGGGCAUUCCGAUAGAGUGUGGAGUGUGAGUUGGAGUCCAUCUGGUCAUACUCUCGCCUCUUGCAGUGGUGAUAAAUCUUGUCGACUUUGGGAAAAUUUAACCACGUCGCCUUCCUCGUCAACGUGGAGGUGUCAGGCAGUCUUGGAAGGUGGUCACACACGAACAAUAAGGUCAUGCGGCUGGUCGCCUGAUGGGAAGCUUCUUGCCACGGCAAGCUUUGAUGCCACCACUGCUGUUUGGGAAGUAACUGGAGGUGAAAUCGAGAACGUUGCAACCCUUGAGGGCCACGACAACGAGGUGAAAAGUGUCGCUUGGAAUUCUUCUGGGACGUAUUUGGCAACUUGCAGCCGUGAUAAACACGUUUGGAUUUGGGAUGUACAGCCAGGAAAUGAGUUUGAGUGCAUGUCUGUUUUAUCUGGCCAUACACAAGACGUUAAAUUCGUAGCUUGGCACCCAACCAAAGAUAUUCUGGUCUCAGCCAGUUAUGAUAAUGCCAUCAAGGUCUGGGCAGAAGAUGGCGACGGAGAUGAUUGGCGAUGUGUCCAAACUUUAGCUGAACCUGGACGGGGUCAUUGCUCUACUGUCUGGGCUCUUGCUUUCGAUAAAGAUGGUGACCGUCUGGUCUCUUGUAGCGAUGACUUGACACUGAUGGUCUGGGAUACGAGCGCAGAUUUGGCAGACUUGUCAGGAUCCGGUCAAGCUCAAUGGAAGCAUUCAACCACAAUAUCUGGGUACCACGAUCGGACCGUUUUCUCUGUACAUUGGUCAAGGGUUAAUGGCCUAAUUGCCAGCGGUGCUGCAGACGAUUGCAUACGUAUAUUUGCUGAAAACCGAGAGGAUUCGUCCGCACUGCCUGGAGAAAGCAGUUUCAGUAUGGUGGCCAAAAAGGUGAAAGCGCACAGUACCGAUGUGAAUUGCGUGCAGUGGCAUCCAACGGAUCCGAGAAUAUUAGCCUCGGCAGGGGAUGAUGGAACGAUCAAGAUAUGGGAAGUCAUCGGAGACCUAUCUCUUGUCGGCUAAGAAACUGAUAUGUUCAUGAUUCUCGUGUCUGGGCGAAUCUUCCGAGCUCUAACUAGACAGAUUUCCCUGCCUUCAGUAACUGACUUGAAUACUUCCCUUGUUCUCUUCAAGGUUUGCAUGUUGAGGAGAGGCGGUUGCCUCUAUUUAUAUGCACGAUAUGUACAUAUGGUCAUUAUAUGUACAUAUGUUCAUUACUUUCUGUAGGCCUGGUCUCUGAAGAGGACUACUGGUUGAUCUUUCACAACGUAGGGUUGGUUUUCCAGGGCCGUUCAACUCGCUUUGAGCGCUAUUUGAAAAGGCCGAAGGUAAAUCUAACUUCUUCAAUUUUCGGCUCCUGUCCUUGUUGAGUUUGAUCAAGUAGCGGUCAACAAUCUGUUCACUGAGCCGGAAUUGUAGGGAAUACAUGAGACGCAUGUGCCAUGUGUUGCUUGCCAAAGAGUAUCUGGUUUCGAAAGAUUACUCUCCAGCCUACAUACUACAUUGGUAGCGAUAUGAGGUUAGGACCCAUCCCCGGGUGCACAGUACUCCCGCGACAUGCCCGUGCACUGAGCUUCAUAAAACUCAAAGUUCAACAAGCGCAAGGGCGCAAGGGUGCAAGGGUGAGCAGAAUCAUCAGCGAUUCGGGGACAUCGGAAACGUCUUGUACAUUCAACGCGAGCUGUAUUAUGCAGGUGAAAGCAAUUGGAAUUACUGUUGUAAACCUUGCGGAUUUAGAGGGAGUAAAGGGUGUGUGACUAACUUUGCUGCCGCACUGAAUACUUGAAUACUCAAGUUCGUGCUGACAAUUUGCUCAUUUCAAUAAAUCUCUUUACACCUUUUCCACUUUCUUGGCGAAAUGUUUUUCCUAGACCUUUUCCCUACAGUCAUGUGACCUUAAAAAACGGAAUUGGAAGUAUGGAUACGAUUGCAUAAUUAGCCUGUAUAAGGAAGCGAUUUGAGGUAUAUUGAC